AUGUGGCAUGAAAGCUCAUGUUCAGAGCUUGGCGGCGAGGAUAAGUUCAUGAAUGCAGGAUUAGGCCACUGUAGCCACUCCGCUAGCAUCGGUGCGGCGAUGGAGGAGGUGCAGGAGGAGGAGGAAGUGGCGGUGCCGGGAUACGUGCGCGACGUCGAGGAACUGUUGCGCGACUAUGUGAAGCGCGGAGAUCCGUCGCUGGCGGCAUUUAAAGCCGUAUGGCGAGCGCGCCGCUUCUCCUUCGUCCACGACGCGUGCCCUAAAGACAUCGACCCGCGCCGCUUCCUGCAGCUGCUCUACGGAACGGCCUUAGGGUUCUUGCAGGCUGUGCCAUCCGGCUGCCAUGCCUCCUCCAUUCAUCGCAGACCCACUCCUCCUGACGCCGCUGCCGCCGCUGCCGCCGCUGUCUCCGCUGCACCUGGUACUGCUGCUGCCACUUCUCCUGCCAGUGGUGCUGCGGAUGGAGGUGCAGCGCGUGUAGCAGCAGGGGCUGUGCCUGUGCCACUGGGCCAAGGACGAGAAGCCAGGGAGGGAGAUGAUGCACAGGAAGAAGGGGCGCGAGAGGAGGUGGGGGGGAGAGGGGAGGAGAGGGGAAGAGGGGAGGAGGGGGGAGUGGGGAAGGAGGGUCGUGUGUUUGUGGGGGAGCGUCUGCUGGCGGCAGUGGGGGCGGUGUUCACUCUCUACUGCCUCUUCCACACGCAGCGCACCGCGCCCUAUCCGCCCACCCUCAUCUACCUGCCCCUUGACUCCCUUCGUCUCUUGCUCCUCUUUGUGCAAGAGGCACCUCACCACAAGGCAUGGGAUGCCGUUGCUUCCCUGCAAGCUCUCUUCUUCGGGCCCCUCUCUUCCCCUCCCUCUGCUCCCCCCCCUGCCUCCUCCUCCUCCUCCCCUCACACUCCCGCUCCACCCUCGUCGGCGUUUGUGGUGGGGGCGGUGCCGCUGCCGCAGCAGCUGCAGGCGGGUUUGCAGCAGAGGGCGGGGCAGGCGAGGAGGCUGGUAGAGCAGCAGUUGCGAGUGAUGAAACAGAAGCUAUUUGCGCAUCUCCCCAUCGAACGACACAUUCAGUCUGAUGCUGCAGAGGUAUUGGACGUAGAGCAGGCCGAUGCAGCAUGCUGGCUCUAUGACAACUCCCUGCAGCGACUCAAAACAUGCGGGUUGCUGACAGAGGGCGCGUCCUUUGCUCGAGAAGGCGAGCUGGCAGCAGUGUUUUCAGCCUACCGUGCGGCAAGAGAGGCUGCCGAGGGAGCGUUGGAGGAGAGGGGGAAAUAG